UCUCGGCGCAGGUUCCGGGGCGGCGCUAUGUAUUGCGGCGCUGAGGAGAAGGUGGCGGCAGCGGUGGCAGCGCUAGUGGCGGUAGGGCGGGUUCCGCUGAGGCGGCUCUGACCGAGAUCUCGUCUUCGUCCGCUCUCCACCAUGACCGAGGCCGCGGUGGCCGACACGCGGCGCCUCAACUCGAAGCCGCAGGACCUGACCGACGCCUACGGGCCGCCCAGCAACUUCCUGGAGAUCGACAUCUUCAACCCGCAGACCGUGGGCGUCGGGCGGGCCCGCUACACAAGCUACGAGCUCCGCAUGAGAACAAACCUGCCUAUCUUCAAACUUAAAGAGUCCUGCGUGAGAAGACGAUAUAGUGACUUUGAAUGGCUGAAAAAUGAGCUGGAGCGUGACAGUAAGAUUGUAGUGCCUCCACUUCCCGGCAAAGCCUUGAAACGCCAGCUUCCUUUCCGAGGAGACGAGGGCAUUUUUGAAGAGUCCUUCAUAGAAGAAAGAAGACAGGGCUUAGAACAGUUCAUAAACAAAAUCGCUGGACACCCGCUGGCACAGAAUGAGCGCUGCUUACACAUGUUCCUGCAAGAGGAGACCAUCGAUAGGAAUUAUGUCCCAGGGAAAGUCCGCCAGUAGGAGAGUCUGGCAUCCUCCAUUUUCUCUCCCUUGCAAAAAUGACAUUUAUUUUUACACUGUCUCUUCUGAACCAGCUUUUUCUCUCUGAACUUCCCCCACUUGUCCAUUGUGGCCUGCCAUGCCGUCCCCUCCCUUCCCCUUGUCAGGCAGCAGUGUUGAGUUCUGUUGGUCUUUGGUCUCUGCAGAAAAGGUGAGAACCUGUGAAGAGCUCCACCUAUUGGUGGAUGCAUAAGACUUGAUGGGAACUAGCGUAAGGAUUGUAGCGUGCAUCACAAAUACCUCCCUCUCUCUCUCUCUCUCUCCCCGUGCAAGGAUGUGGGGAACUCUCAAAGCCUAUACAGGUGUACCUACAGAGAACCUGGUCCUGAGGCGCCUUCCUCAGCUGUUGUGGAGAUGUACUUUUUGUUAGCAUUUGUGCCCUUCACCCCAGAAUGAUCAAAGCUGCGACUGGAAAGUAGCAAGUGUCUCCCUUCCCUGCUGGAAGAUACUCUAGAGCAGAAAUGGCUUGCAAACUCCCUUUAUUUAAUAGUAAGGCCCUUCUGAGGGAGUUCAUACAAGAGGCCGUAGUGCAUAAACCCAGACCCUCUCCCUCCACUGGAAUCUUUUGAGAUUUUAGCUGCUAAUCCUACCCCGAGAAUCUUUUCAGUCUUUGAAAAGUUGGGGGCAAAUCAGACUGCCUACUCCAGGCAUGAGGCACCUUUGAGAGCCGCUGCUUCCAGUAGCAGGAAGGCUCUCCAAACUAUUAGUCCUAAUACCUGACGGUAUAGGGGUCCCUUCCAUGCCAUCAGCUGCAAGACAUGUUCUCCUGAUUAAUGGCCUUGGAGCACUGGCUGCCUCUGCAAAGUCUGAUAGUGGGGCCAGAAGGCGGCUUUGCUAUCUCAUUCUGCUCAAGGACCACCGAGCAGAACCCCCCACCCCCAGCAACAAGGCCCAUGUGCCUUCCCCAGUGACUUGAUUCCUAUGAACACCAGCCUGGCAAGGGAGGCCACAGGCACAAGCUUCAUGGCUGAUAUUUCUAGGGGGCAACUAGGAAAAACAGAAAUCCUGUUCUUCACAAUAAGUUGCCUAAGCUAAGGGCCACACAGCAUGCCGCUUCUGUGACUAAUGGAUGCCUUCUGGCCUCGUGUCUGCAUCCAUCUGGAGUUACAGUGCAAAGUUCUCUACUAUUUGUGUAAUAUUUAAUCUGUUGGGAGGUCUUGUAGAUGGCUGUGGGUGUUUUCAUGCCAUCUAGGUGGCCUCUUCAGUGCAUUUGAACAAACUGCCCUGCAGUAUGUAUAUGGGAGUGGGGAGACGCAACCCAAGGAAUAAAGUGACUGUAAUUAAA